AUGGACAGCCCGGAAUCUCCCUCGUGGAGAAAGCAUUGGAUGUUUUUCGCUGUCGCGAGCGGUGCUUGUGCGGCGUUUAACGGCGUGUUUGCGAAGCUAACCACCACAGAACUCACAACAAACCUAUCAACCGCCAUCGCCAAAACCCUCGGAAUACAAUCCCACUCCCAAAUCGUCGAAAUCAUCGUCCGCAGCAUCUUCUUCAUCCUCAACCUCACCUUCAACGGUAUCAUGUGGUCUCUAUUCACCACCGCCCUCGCACGCGGCAAAUCCGCAACCCAAGUCUCCAUCAUGAACACCUCCACAAACUUCCUCGUCACCGCCUUCACCGGCUUCGCCAUCUUCUCAGAGGCCCUGCCCCCGAUGUGGUGGGCCGGCGCAUCGCUCCUCGUCGCCGGCAGCGUCAUUGCGGGCCGUAAGGACGAGGGCGAAGGGGAUGGUGCGAAAGAUGCCGCCGCCGGCGAGGCGUAUGAGCCCGUGCCUGCGGGGAGUAGUAACCUUGAGCUGGAUGAAGAUGUAGUUGCAGGUGAAAGAUACCGCGAUGAGGACAUCCCUGACUUGGGAGAGUUUCGGAGCUGA